AUAAUGACUGGCAUCAAAUAACGCAAUUGUAAUGUGGAAAGAGGGCGGGAGGAAUAUUUGGACCAAUAGAGUGGCGGCACCUCGCGAAGCGCCAAUCAGGGGCGCGGGAUUUGAAAUGGUGGCGGUUGGCGGGCGGCGCGCAGCGUUGGGCGGCGGAGAGGCGGCGGCGGCGGGGAGAGAGCGGCGGCAAUGAAGGCGGCGCGGUUGCAGACUCCUAGACGGCCAGUCAAGAAGCCAUCAAAUAACCGCCCCAAGGAUCCAGUUGGUGUAUAUUGCCGUGUUCGACCACUCACGACAAGCGAUGAUGCAUGUUGUGUUGAAGUUAUCAGUAAUACCACAAUACAGCUUCACCCUCCUGAUGGGAUUAAAGUCAACAGAAAUGGAGAAUUCAAGGAGAUGCAGUAUUCUUUUAAAGAAGUGUUUGGUGCCUUUACAACUCAGAAGGAACUAUUCAAUGUUGUUGCACAGCCCCUUGUAGAAGAUUUGAUUCAUGGCAAAAAUGGUUUACUGUUUACGUACGGUGUUACUGGAAGUGGUAAAACACAUACAAUGACUGGAUCUCCUGGAGAUGGUGGUCUUCUGCCUCGGUGCUUGGACAUGAUUUUUUGUAGUAUUGGACCAUUUCAAGCAAAGCGCUAUGUUUUCAAGCCAGAUGAUAAGAAUACAAUGGAGGUGCAGAAUGAAGUUGAUGCUCUGUUGGAGCGUCAAAAAAGAGAUGCCCAGCCAACUGCAACUCCAAAGAUUGGGUCCUCCAGGCAGAGAAUGGAUCCCGAGUUUGCUGAUAUGAUUACUGUGCCUGAACAUUGCAAGGCUGAGGGAGUCGAUGAGGACAGCGUGUAUAGUCUAUUCGUUUCGUAUGUUGAAAUCUACAACAACUACCUUUAUGAUCUGUUGGAAGAAGUACCACCAGACCCAAUUAAACCAAAACCUCCACAAUCUAAAAAUCUUCGAGAAGAUUCUAACCAUAACAUGUAUGUAGCUGGUUGCACUGAAGUAGAAGUGAAGUCAACAGAAGAAGCUUUUGAAGUCUUUUGGAAAGGCCAGAAGAAACGACGUAUUGCUAACACAACAUUAAAUCGAGAAUCGAGCCGUUCACACAGUGUUUUCAUUAUCAAGUUAGCACAGGCUCCCUUGGAUGCUGAUGGGGAUAAUGUCCUUCAGGCAAAGGAUCAGACAACUGUGAGCCAACUGUCCCUGGUGGACUUGGCAGGAAGCGAGAGAACUACCAGAACAAAAGCUGAAGGCAACAGGUUGCGAGAGGCAGGGAAUAUUAAUCAAUCGCUGAUGACUCUAAGAACUUGUAUUGAAGUGCUAAGAGAAAACCAAAUGUAUGGAACAAAUAAGAUGGUUCCAUACAGAGAUUCAAAGCUCACACACCUCUUCAAAAACUACUUUGAUGGUGAGGGUAAAGUUCGGAUGAUUGUGUGUGUCAAUCCCAAAGCAGAUGAUUAUGAGGAAACUCUGCUGGUCAUGAGGUUUGCUGAAAUGACUCAAGAAGUGGAAGUAGCCAGACCCGUAGAUAAACCUAUCUGUGGCCUCACUCCAGGGCGCAGAUACAGAAACCAGGCUUUCAAAGAAGAAUUGACAAGAAAAUUAGAACUGAGAGGAGGCCCCAUUGAUGGAGACCCAAAAUUUACAGAAUUUAUUCUACAAAGCUUUGCACCAUUGCCUUCGGUUGAGCUAAUGGAUGCCAAUGAUGAGUAUACAUUGCCACGACUUAUAGAGUGUUUGGAACAACGGCAAAGAGCACGCCACCUGGCGACUGAGGAGGUGAAGAAAAUUGUGAACACUAUCAGAGGGAUGCUUCAAGACUGGGACAGCAAUUUCUCUGUAAAGGAAAACUACAUACAAGAUCAGCAAGAGAAGCUGCUGGAAAAAGAUCGGAUUAUAAGUGGGCAGAAGUCAGAGACUGAGCGGCUGGAGAAGAAAAUCAAAACUUUGGAAUACAAGAUUGACAUAUUGCAAAAAACAGCAAAUAUCUAUGAAGAAGACAAGCGGACUUUACAACAUGAAUUGGAUGAGAGAGACCAAAAACUGCACAGAGAACUAUCGGACAAACGGCGCUUGGAGCAGAGGAUGCAAGGAGUGGUGACUGAUACAAAGAUGAAAUGGGAGAAAGAAUGCGAACGUCGAGUACAAGCCAAGCAACUCGAGAUGCAAAACAAGCUUUGGGUAAAAGAUGAGAAACUUAAACAGCUGAAAGCAAUUGUUGCUGAGACCAGAAUGGAAAGGCCCGAGAAACCAGAAAGGACACCGAGGGAAAGGGACCAGAAAGUACAAGUACGCUCAGCAUCCCCACCUCCAGUUCCUAAUGCACCACCUGUUCGCCUACGCCACAGACGGUCACGCUCAGCGGGUGGGGAACGAUGGGUAGACCAUAAGCCAGUUGGUAGCAUCGACAUAGACACUGUCCUCCAGCCACACAUUCCCAAUGCCAUCACAGUGGCAGUGCCAAAUGAAAAAGCUCUGGCUAAGUGUGACAAGUACAUUUUGACACAUCAGGAGCUUGCAUCAGAUGGGGAGAUUGAAACCAAGCUCAUCAAGGGAGAAGUAUUCAAGACCAGGGGUGGUGGCCAAUCAGUCCAGUUCACAGAUGUUGAGAAGCUGAAGCAGGAGUCCCCUGCUGGUACAAGGAAACGUAGGUCUUCUCCGUCAGCUCCUCCUCCAGAGGAUACGACAGAAUCUGAAUGGACAGAUGUGGAAACAAGGUGUUCUGUUGCUGUAGAAAUGAAGGCAGGCAGCAGCCUUGGACCUGGAUAUCAGCAUCAUGCUCAACCAAAGCGCAGAAAGCCAUAAAUGCCAAGUGUAAAAUUCAUUCUGUGGAAGACUACCUGAAGCAAUAUUGGAAAGUUAACACUGCAGGAUAGAUGCUAUGCAAAAUUUGGGUGCUUGUGAUGCCAACAAUGCUGUAAAACAUUUUGAAUUCGAGCUGUAGUAAUUUUGCUGACGUGUAUAUUAAAUAGUUGCGUGUCCCUUCAUUGUAUCUUUUCAAAUUAUGCAUUUUAUUGUAUGUGGGUCUUUUCCUCACUUACAUGAGGAUACAAUUUUAUACCUCUCCCAUGUCAAAUAAUCAUGAUCUUUUGUUUUGAAAUGUUUCAACAAUUGAUCAAUAUCAGUGAAAAUGUGCAUUUUGAGAUUGGAUAUAUUUACAAAAGAACAUACUAGGAAAUUCAGCUUUGAAGCAGCAUCAUCCUAUUGUGACACUUUGCCUCUUUUUAAAAGAAAUAGGAUAAUGCUUGCCAUGUAUAGUUUAGGAAAAGUCCACAUUAAUCACCCAUAUCCCUGGAUAAAUCCUGGUAUCUCAUGUUUUGAGCUGCUGCUAUUCAGUUGAGAUGAUGCACUUUAGAACGAUUCCCUUUUUGUAUAAAUGCACAUCAGCAUCAAGGCAACAUCUUUCUGUACUGUUGUACCAUAAGCUUUUCCUAAGACUAAUAAUUUUGUUAGAAUUUAUAUUGUAACGAGUUGAACUAUAGAUUUUUGUUAUAACAUCUUUUUAUCUGAAGUGGCACUUUUGUAAGUGUACUUUCUACCAUCCAAAAUAUAAAUGGUAAAUUCAUUUUUCAUUAAAAUUGUUCCUGGCGUAACAACAUGUAGAAUUUUCUGAAAUUAUUUCUCAGACAGAAAAGAGAACCUCAGCUGUUAACCUGUGUUCGAACAUUUAUUUUGAAGGGAAAUGCAGAAUUUUUUUUUUUGUUGUCUUGUGCAGCUUUUCAUCCUUCCUGGCCUUUGCAUGUAUUGUACUGAUGUAAAAGAAAAUUUAAUUACCUGCAGAUUGUUGCUAUAAUGCCUUUCCACAGGGGUGCUAGUGGAACGCAUCAGAUCAGAAUUUUAGUUGUAUGUAACUCCGUUCAUAACUGACCAGCAGUGUUAAAUCUGCCUUUAAUAUUGCAAUAGUUGAUUUUUAUCUGUUGUAAGCUUAAAAUAUGCUGGGGUGUUUUUGACAAUUGCCAG